GGUUUCUUACUAGAGAAGGAGGCAAAGAAAGAUAGUGACACCCUAUAAAAUCUAAAGUUUUGCAAAGAGGAACUUGUAUGAGAAAAAGGCCGGACCCUCUUGUGGCAACUUAUAUAUUACUUUGAAAACACAGCUUUGAUCUUUCUCUGCUGUGUGAACUUUUCCACAUACCUAUUUGUCCUUAGAAUUUCCAAAUAAAACAGUGGUGAAGACAAGGGAUUCUAAAUAGUUUUAGCUACAGGGGAAGAAGAGAAUGGUCUGAAUAGUCUUGCAUGGCGAGCCAAACAAUCGGAGAAACCGGUUUGUCUGAGUCAGGGCCUUCAACUCACCAUGUUCCUUAUGGAGUUCUUCAUGGGAUAACUACCUCUGCAUCAGGAUUAAUUAAUCAAGGGGAAGCUUUUGAUUUUGGAGAGCUUGAAGAGGCAAUUGUUCUCCAAGGAUUUAAGAUUAGAAAUGAUGAAGCCAAAGCAACUUUGUUCACAGGCAGGCCUGCAGCUACACUGGAAAUGUUCCCUUCAUGGCCAAUGAGAUUCCAACAAACAACACCAAGAGUAGUAGCCUCUCUCAGUUCUCCAUCUUUGACCAAUCCAUAUGGAAGUUCAAAGUCAGGAGGGGAAAGCACUGAAUCAGGAUCAGGAAUGAACACUCUUUCAACCAAAACUGAGCUUCAGUUUGAAACAGACUCUCCUACAAGUAUAAAGGCAUCUUCUUCAGACCAUCAUCAUGCUUUUGAUCAGCAUCACCUGCAGCUUCAACAGCAAAAACAACACCAACUUCAACAUGAGAAGACUACUGAUCAUGAUGCCUCAAAAGCUGACCCACCACAGAAUCAACCAGCAGCAAAAUCAGCUCAGGAAAAGAGGAAAGGAGCAGGUUCAACAUCAGAAAAGCCACUUGAUGCAAAGACACUAAGGCGUUUAGCUCAAAACAGAGAAGCUGCAAAGAAAAGCCGUCUCAGAAAAAAGGCUUAUGUGCAGCAGCUAGAGUCAAGUAGGUUAAAACUCUCCCACCUUGAACAAGACCUUCAAAGAUUGCGCUCCCAGGGACUGUUCUUGGGUUGUGGUGUUGCUGGUGGCAAUUUAAGCUCUGGAGCUGCAAUGUUUGACAUGGAGUACGCUAGGUGGUUAGAAGAUGAUCACCAGCACAUGGCGGAGCUCCGUACGGGGCUGCAGGCGCCGUUGUCCGACAACGAACUCAGAGUCAUUGUGGAUGGGUAUCUGUAUCACUAUGAUGAGCUUUUCCGGUUGAAGGGGGUGGCUGCAAAAUCAGAUGUUUUUCACCUCAUUAAUGGCAUGUGGACUUCCCCAACUGAGCGAUGCUUCCUCUGGAUAGGUGGUUUUAGACCCUCAGAGCUCAUCACAAUGUUGAUACAACAAUUGGAGCCUUUGGCAGAGCAGCAAAUAGUGGGCAUAUAUGGUCUGAGGCAUUCAUCACAACAAGCAGAAGAAGCUCUCUCACAGGGCCUCGAACAACUCCGCCAUUUUCUCAUUGACACGAUCGCAGGUGCUCCUGUUGUCGACGGUGUGCAACAAAUGGUCGUCGCCAUGGGCAAGCUUGCCAACCUUGAAGGUUUUGUCCAUCAGGCUGAUAAUUUGAGGCAACAGAGUAUUCACCAAUUAUGUAGAUUACUGACAAUUCGUCAAGCAGCAAGGUGUUUUGUUGUGAUUGGAGAGUAUUAUGGUCGUCUUCGAGCUCUUAGUUCUCUCUGGGCAUCAAGACCACGAGAUCACCAGCAGACUUUGAUCAGCGAUGAUAACUCAUGCCAAACAACCACGGAAUUGCAAAUGGUUCAAUCUCACCAGGGUCAUUUCUCUAAUUUCUGAAGGAUGUAUAUGUAAUUGACACUAGUUAUAUGUUAGCAUGAAAGAGUGGAUGUAUCUUUGGGGCUGCUUUAGAUGGAAAGAGUGUCAGCAUCAUCAAGAAUAUAUAUUAAUUUAUUUUUCUUUUCUCUUUUUUAUUUUAAAUCCUCCACCCCUUUCGUGUAGACGUUUUAUUGUAAAUGGAAUUCAAGUUUAAUGUGAAUGAUGAGGAAUUGAAGCUUCUA